GAAUAAACCGUCGUCGUUUUGAAGGAAUUAUUACAGAGUUCAACCUGCACCUCUCCUUGGUUACUUCCCUUAUUCUCACUCCUGUAAUUUUUUUCCACUCUUCUGUGUAUAAAUAUAUAUCCGAUUUUCUCAAAGCUACACACAAAGAGGAAGAAGAGUGUUUUUUUUUCCCUUGGUGAAUUAAGAAAAACUAUGGCGGAAUCUGUGGAUCUUCCGAGCCGUUUAGCGAUUCUUCCAUUUAGGAACAAAGUAUUGUUACCUGGUGCGAUCAUUAGAAUUCGCUGUACUUCACCUAGCAGGGGAGCCUUGAAGUAACUGGUAAAGUUGCUGUCAUGUUACGAGGAGGUUUACGAGUUCAAGUCAUGGAAACAACUUCUUGCAGAAAUGCAGGUGUAAAGUUGGUGGAGCAGGAGUUAUGGCAGAGAGAAGAGAAGGGACUGAUUGGAAUAUUACCCGUUAGAGAUUCAGCUGAGAUUGCCACUUCGGGUACUGCAGUAUCUUCAGGCGUGGGUGGAGAAUCAGCUGAACGAGGCUUGAAAAAUCAGGCUGGUAUAUCAGAAAAUCACAAGCUUGAUUCAAAAAAUCAACAGGAAGUUAUACACUGGCAUGAUAGGGGAGUUGCAGCCCGUGCUUUACAUCUCUCGAGAGGAGUUGAGAAACCAAGUGGCAGAGUUACAUACAUAGUUGUACUAGAGGGCUUAUGCAGAUUCAAUGUGCAGGAGCUUAGUACCAGAGGAACGUAUUAUACAGCACGGAUCACUUCUCUUGAUAUGACCAAGGGUGAGAUGGAGUUAAUUGAGCAAGAUCAAGAAUUCGUGGCAUUGUCUCGUCAAUUUAAAGCCACUGCGAUGGAGCUCAUUUCCAUUCUUGAGCAGAAGCAGAAGACUGGUGGCAGAACGAAGGUUCUUCUGGAGACGGUCCCUGUCCAUAAAUUGGCUGAUAUUUUUGUAGCUAGUUUUGAGAUAAGCUUUGAGGAACAACUAUCCAUGCUGGAUUCUGUUGAUGUUAAAGUAAGGCUUUCGAAAGCUACUGAGCUCGUUGAUAGGCAUCUACAGUCAAUUCGUGUAGCAGAGAAAAUCACCCAAAAGGUUGAGGGGCAGUUAUCGAAGUCUCAGAAAGAAUUUCUGUUGCGACAACAGAUGAAGGCCAUAAAGGAGGAACUUGGUGACAAUGAUGAUGAAGAAGAUGAUUUGGUUGCAUUGGAGAGGAAGAUGCAAGGAGCAGGAAUGCCUGCAAGUAUCUGGAAACAUGCUCUGAGGGAACUAAGGAGACUCAAAAAAAUGCAGCCUCAGCAACCUGGCUAUAAUAGCUCUCGUGUUUAUCUGGAACUACUUGCUGAUCUUCCCUGGGAGAAGGCCAGCCCAGAACUUGAAUUGGAUUUAAAAGCUGCAAAAGAGCGUCUUGAUGCUGACCAUUAUGGUUUAUUGAAGGUCAAACAACGGAUAAUCGAAUAUCUAGCUGUUCGGAAGCUCAAACCAGAUGCGAGAGGUCCUGUGUUGUGCUUUGUGGGUCCACCAGGUGUUGGGAAGACAUCUUUGGCUUCUUCUAUUGCUGCUGCUCUGGGCAGAAAGUUUAUACGCAUCUCCCUUGGUGGUGUCAAAGAUGAGGCCGAUAUCAGAGGGCAUAGGAGAACAUAUAUUGGAAGCAUGCCUGGGCGUCUUAUUGAUGGGUUGAAGAGAGUAGCUGUUUGCAAUCCUGUUAUGCUGCUGGAUGAGAUUGACAAGACUGGGUCUGAUGUGAGGGGAGAUCCUGCAUCUGCAUUACUGGAGGUUCUUGAUACCGAACAGAAUAAAACAUUCAAUGAUCACUAUUUGAAUGUGCCAUUUGACCUAUCAAAGGUUAUCUUUGUGGCAACUGCAAACAGGAUGCAGCCAAUUCCUCCCCCACUCUUGGACAGAAUGGAAGUCAUUGAGCUGCCUGGAUACACACCAGAAGAAAAGCUUAAGAUAGCAAUCAGGCAUUUAAUUCCUCGAGUUCUUGAUCAGCAUGGUUUAAGUUCUGAUUUCCUUCAGAUACCCGAGGAUAUGGUGAAACUUGUAAUCCAAAGGUACACGAGGGAAGCAGGUGUACGUAAUCUAGAAAGGAAUUUAGCUGCCUUAGCACGUGCAGCUGCGGUCAAAGUUGCAGAACAAGAGCAUUUAGUUCCUUUCUCCAAAGAUGUGCAACGCCUUUCUUCACCACUGUUGGAUGGCAAACUUGCUGAGAGCGCCGAGGUUGAAAUGGAAGUUAUCCCUAUGGGUGUCAAUAAUCAUGAUAUCUCCGAUGCGUUUAAGGUUGCCUCACCUAUGGUGGUUGAUGAACCUAUGGUAGAAAAGGUGCUUGGUCCACCUAGGUAUGAUGACAGAGAAACAGCAGAACGAGUUGCCAAUCCUGGUGUAUCUGUUGGACUGGUGUGGACAGCAUUUGGUGGAGAGGUUCAGUUUGUAGAGGCCACAGCAAUGGUGGGAAAAGGUGAUCUUCAUCUCACUGGCCAACUUGGGGAUGUUAUCAAAGAAUCUGCUCAGAUUGCAUUGACAUGGGUACGUGCCAGAGCCACAGAACUGAAGCUAGCUAUUUCUGAAGAAACUAAUCUUCUAGAGGGCCGAGAUAUUCACAUUCAUUUCCCCGCCGGAGCUGUACCCAAGGACGGACCCUCAGCUGGUGUAACCCUGGUUACAUCACUUGUUUCAUUGUUCAGUAAAAGAAGAGUAAGAGCAGACACAGCAAUGACAGGAGAGAUGACUCUCCGUGGUAUGGUCUUGCCUGUUGGUGGUGUCAAGGAUAAGGUUUUGGCUGCCCAUAGAUACGGUAUUAAAAGAGUUAUACUACCAGAGAGGAACUUGAAGGACCUGGUGGAAGUCCCAGCGACUGUGCUUUCAAGUCUUGAGAUAAUACUUGCUAAACGUGUGGAAGAUGUGCUGGACCAAGCAUUUGAAGGUGGUUGCCCGUGGAGACAGCAUUCAAAAUUAUGAAAAUAGACUUCCCCCCUUAGCUAACAGAGAAACUCUGCCAACAAAAACAGUUCGGGCAUGUAUAUCGGAGGCCAGAGCUCAUUAUGCAUAAAAAGAAAUGUUAACAGGAUCAACGCAUAACCAUAUAUUCAAGAACAUACUUAACAGAGGUCUCUGAAAAUGUUCUCCAUGUAUUAUUCUUGCCUCUUAUUCAGCUGUAUUUAUAAAUGAUUAUUCUUUCUUUUUUCUUUUGAAUAUUUUCCAAAAUUUCACUCUGUAUAAGCAAGCUUUCAUUUAAGUCGACACGGCCAGGCAUGGUGGUGCUUGUUUUCCAGGCAUUCGUAUGUAAUCUGCAGUUAUUUUUUUGUAUGUAGUUGCAGGCAGGUCCUGAGUUUAAGCUCCAAACAAUUAUUUAAGUUUCUUCCCCUUUCAGAAAAGAACCAUUUUACAAUAA